GUGCGGCGACAUCUUGCGCCUUCUGCUGCUGCAGCUGCGGGAGGACGGCCAGCUGGGAAAGGUUGACGACGCCAUCGCCGUUCCUGACGCCCCUGCAGCGCCUUACGUGGGGCCGCCUCUCAGCUCUACCCUUAAGAUAGCUGACAAACACCUCGACAAUGGUCGUCUAAAAGUGGCUGACAUUCUUCGAGGUGUCCUGGAGCAAUGGUCCUUUCCUCGCAGGCUGAAGAACUUACAUGGCGGUGGCUCUGAGGACCUGCUGCAGGUUCUGGGGCCACACCUCGAGGAGCUGGAGGCCUCGUACACUUGGGAGGCUCAGCCCAGGGCCAUGGAGGAGGUGCUGAAGAUGUCGGGACUCAAAAGACUAAAUGUUAAAUGCGCUUGGAAUGCUGACCACCCGGACCUACCGUUGCAGUUAGAAGAGCUCACUGUGUAUCACAUGAGUGAGAAUCAGCUGCGCUGUGUAGAACGCAUGCCCAGGCUGUGCAGCUUGUUUGUGUUACAUUACUGUGGUCCGAAUCUGACUUUUCCACCAUCGCAGCAUGGCAGGCUGCUUUGGCUUCACGUGGCCAUUAAUGCUGACCACAAGCCCACAAUGCUCUCCCUUAUUCGCGCCCAUGCCUCAUCUCUACAGGAGCUACGUGUACGCUGUUCCUUGUCUCCCGAUGACCAGCACUUCUACUUCCCCGACCUGGCCCAGGAGCUGGCGGAUUGCGGCCUGCUCGUCUUGCGCCGGCUUGUCCUUGUACGUCCUCCGAAUGAUGCUUGCACAGGCCAAUCUGCCGGCUGCGUGUUGCAGCGAAGAACUAUUCGAGGCGUAUUCCCAUCGUCUGUCGACGUGGUUUGCAAGUCGUGUCACACACCGGGAUUCUAGAUUCUAGUUGAAUGGCUGCAAUAUGUCUUACGACGCAUCAAUGUAGCGUUACCCCAUUCUAGCCCGGAGCUGAACUGUUACGUGCUCAAAAUCCCAGCUCCACGAAUUUGUGUUUAAUCUCUGAAAUGUUCUAAAAUUUGUGUGUCUUUUUUUUAAAUUCUAAUGUACUUGUCUAGUUUAGUCAAUUAAA